AUGGAACAAAAUUUGAUCGAAUGUACUUGUCUGAUCGUCGGAGGAGGAAUUGCGGGUGUAUCGUGUCUCGAAACGCUCAGUUUUCUUGCUCCAACUGCAAAAAUUGUCUUACUUACGGAAUCGCCGUUGAUCAAAGCAGUCACCAACAUCUCACAAGUCAGCAAAACCCUUCAAAAAUUCGAUAUCACGGAGAAAGAAGCAACUUCCUUGUCAGCUGAUACCGUUUUAGUCAUUCACGAUCGUCUUAUUCGGCUGGAAACAAAGUCUUUCAAAGCUACAACCGCCAAAGGAGUCAUUAUCAAGUACGAGCACAUUUGUUUAUGCACAGGAGCUCGUCCAAAACUCAUUUCCACAGACAAUCCUCAUGUAAUUGGCAUCCGUGACACUGAUUCAGUCAUCGAAUUUCAAAAAAGAAUAAAAACGGGAAAGGUAAUGGCCAUUGUCGGAAACGGGGGAAUCGCCUCAGAGAUUGUUUAUGAAGUAAAAGGCAUUAAAAUCCAUUGGAUUGUCAAAGAUGAACACAUUUCCUCCACAUUUGUCGAUCCAGGAGCUGCAAAAUUCUUUCAAGAAACCUUAAUUGAGUCAAAUGCCACGGAAAAAGAGACUCACGUUAUCAAAAGAAUGCGUUACGAGCAAACAAACAAGAACAACGCACCAACAAAGGGAGCAGCUCUCGGUCCCGAUUGGCAUCGAAGUCUAGAAUUAACCGGAAAUAAUCUCCAAGAACAGAAUAAAGUUGAAAUUCACUACAAUUGUGAAGUAAAGGACAUCCAAAUGAACGAAAGUUCUUCCGAAUUUCCCGUAAAACUGACUUUAACGAACAACGAGGUCGUUGAAUGUGAUCUUGUAGUGUCAGCUACGGGCGUUGUGCCUUGUAUCGACUACGAAAUCGAUGUUCCCUUGAAAUUCGGUCCCGACGGAGGCAUUUUCGUGGAUGAUUUGAUGCAAACUUCAGCAAAUAAUGUCUAUGCUGCUGGCGAUAUUUGUUACGCUGGCUGGAAAUACGCUCCGCAAUGGUUUCAAAUGCGACUUUGGACCCAAGCGCGUCAAAUGGGAGGCAUGGCAGCAAAAACAAUUGCCGGAAAAUUAAAUAACGAACCGGUAAUCGCUGAUUUUUGCUUCGAACUCUUCGGACAUGUCACACAAUUGUUUGGAUAUCAAGUCAUUUUGCUCGGAAACUUCAAUGGGCAAGGUUUGGGAGACAAUUAUGAGAUUUUGCUGCGAGUUACGCCGAAAAAAGAGUAUAUAAAGUUCGUACUUAAAGAGGGAAAGUUGCAAGGAGCUUUGUUGAUUGGUGACACAGACUUGGCUGAAACUUGUGAAAACCUGAUUUUGAAUCAAUUGGAUUUGACGCCGUACGGAGAUGACAUUCUCGAUCCAAAUAUCGACAUUGAAGAUUAUUUCGAUUAA